AUGUACCGCCUCACAGCUGCUCCUGCAGCAGCAGCAGCAGCUGCUGCAGCUGCUGCUGCAGCAGCAGCAGCAGCGGGAGCAACAGCAGCAGCAGAAGCAGCAACAAAAACUGCAGCGCCAGCAGCUAGAAGACUACACACAGCAGCACGCCAGACAUUUGCUGCUGAGGCUUCUGCUGCAGCAGCAAGGACAGCAGCAGCAGCAGCAGCAGCAACACAUAAUGGAGCGACAGCAGCAACAGCAGCAGCAGCCACAGCAGCAGCAGCAGCAGCUGCUGCUGCUGCAUCACCAACAGCAAUGACAACCACCACAGCAGCAGCAGCAACUGCUGCCCGCCGCUGCUUCCAUUCUUCAUCGAAUGCAAAAGACGAGCAGCAGCAGCAGCAGCAGCUAGAGCAGCAGCAGAAGCAGCAGCUAGAACAGCAGCAGAAGCAACAAGAGCAGCAGCAGGAAACUUCCCCCCGCCCCCAAACCACAAUGACGGAUGAGGAGGUGCAGCAGAAGCUGCGUGACUUAGUAUCUACAACAGCAGUUGUUUUGUUUAUGAAGGGGCGGCCAGAACGGCCGCUUUGUGGUUUCUCUGCUCGUGCUGUUUUGCUGCUGGAAGCAGCAGGAGUUGAGGAAUAUACAUUCGUUGACUGCAGCAUACCGCAGCAGCUGCUGCUGCAGCAGCAGCAGCAGCAGCAGCAGCAGCAGCAGCAGCAGCAGGAGGGGGAGCAGGAGGGGGAGGAGGAGGGGGAGCAGCAGCAGCAGCAGCAGCAGCAGCAGCAGCAGGAGGGGGAGCAGGAGGGGGAGGAGGAGGGGGAGCAGGGGGAGCGGGGAAAGGAGAAAGAAAAAGAACAGCAGCAACUGCAGCAGCAGCAGCAGCAGCAGCAGAAGGAACUGCAGCAGCAGAAACUGCAGCAGGAGCUGCAGCAGCUGCAGCAGAAGAGGCAGCAGCUUCGUGCUGCUGUUGCUGCUGUCUUUGGGUGGCCUACGCUGCCGCUGCUGGUGGUUAGGGGGAAGCCCGUGGGGGGGGCAGAUAUACUGCAGCAGCUGCAGCAGCAGCAGCAGCUAGCUCCUUUGUUAAGAGGAGAACAUGUAGAUGUAUAA